AUGCCGAUCGAAAGUGAUCCCUCCGCCGAGGCACCAAAUACAAUUCAUCCCCAGCAAUUGUAUGACACUGGCCGGCCCGGCAACACUAACAUCGCCCGGUCUCAUUCCCAACAACCAUUGAGCUUUCCCGGAUCGUCAUCAUUUGAUAUCAACCCUGGUGGAUAUCAGCAGCAUCACCAGCCAUUUGAUUAUACGGCAUCACAAGACAGCAACCAUCUCGUCCAACAAUUCCAAGGGACGAGCCUUCCGUAUCCGGAGUAUAUCAACAACCUCAACAACAUCAUGGGGGGAGGACAAUAUAACCCGCGUGACUCUCGUCAAACGGGUAUAGAUGAAGAUUAUGAUAAUGUGCCCAGAGCUAGCCCUCCAGCCUUCACUGGAUACGGAGAUAUGCUAAGUGGAGCUAUUCAAGUGCAGAAUUGGCUGCCGCCGGCGAUGUAUCACAAUGACGAACCUCAACAUGGGCGUGCUGAACCUGAUCACGAUCAUAAUACAUCAGAUGAUUUGGAAGAGCUUGAUAAUACGGAUAUCGACUUGAACGCCAAUAUCAGUUCGCCGGAAGCAAACGUGGAACCAGUACCCUCUUUUCAAUUGGAAAGAUCAAGGCUCGCUUCAGGUCCGCCAUCAAGGCGAACUCUUCCUAGCCCUUCCAACCCAGAUCAGGCUGCAGAGAUCAAGAAAGUCAAGGUGUGUAUUCGAUGCCGGAUGCAAAAAAUGAAGUGUGAACCUGACUCAACGGACCUUUCGGGAGAUUGCAUGGGGUGCAAAAACUACUCAAAGACAUCGAAAAAGACGAUCCACCGAAUGCCAUGUUAUCGCGGCAAGAUCACAGACGCCGUCUUGUUUCGCAGCGGCGGGCUUCAGCUUACUACCCGCUGGAGAGGGACGGAGAUGAAGGAUGUAGGCGAUCGGGUUCAUCCCAGGAAAAUUCGCACCAUCUCUUUCACAUUAGGCAUAUCCAAACACCCUAUCAUUGUGAAUGUAACCGAAUUCCGUCCCCGUGAUGGUGACGUCCUUGCGCGAUUCUGGACGGUCCCUGGCGGCGAACAUGGAGUGCGAAAGAGGAAGGAUUUGACGCCCUUUUGUUUGGCCGAUAUUCAUAAAACCUUUGCGUACUACAAAGACUAUAUCGAGAAGCACGCAGUCGAAGUUUUGAAAAGGGAGAGAGCUGGUGGAGAGAUGGCUCCUCGAACCAUCCUCGAGACGACAUACAAAGCAGCCAUAGACUACUAUGAAGACCUGGUGCAUAAACCAUUCCUCACAUGGACAGAAGAGAAGGAAAGGGAUUUCCUAAAGGUUUUAUUUUAUUUCUGGUUCGCCCUGCGCCACUCAACUGGGUCUUCGUGGAUCUGUGGCGAUGAUUUAUUGGAGAUGAAGCCUGAGACGAGAGAUGAAUCCUACCCAUUGUUUGGGAAAGUUUCGGUGCCACGCAUGAUCCUUGCUCAGUUUGACAGCAUCAACACCCAUCUUCUCCACAAGUAUGGAAAAAAAGUUCUCAGCGAACUUGAAGGUUUUAUGUCACGGGGCUCGACGUCAAUGUGGUAUACGGUUUACCUUUGCUUGUUUAUCCUUUUGCGUGAAGCAAGCUGGUUGAGUGAAGAUCGCUAUCGCCACGCGCGAAACAAUUAUGGCUCUAGUAUUCGUUAUUCGGUCCCCGAGUUUGUAGAGCAGCUGCAAGAUGGCUGCAACAAUCUCCUUCAUCAUUGGCAUUACUACAACCCCGACGGGUGGCCGGGCGUCAUAUCCAACCCCGACAGGCAUAGAACUAGUCUGGCCCACUUGCCUUCAUCCCAACAUGCACUUGUCUUGGAUACGUACGAAGAUCCUAUGGUUCAGAGACAAUUGGGCGUAUGGAAAAUGUACAGGGAGAAUAAUGGACGGGUGGAUAAUCCCACUCCAAAAGAAAUCGAGGGUAGAUCAUAUCAGGGGCGCCAGAGCCGUUACGAUUGGGACCAUCCUUAUUACUGGAUUUCGCAAAUGUUUGAAGACCAUUGGGAGGCUCAUCCAACAUAUCAGCAAGAGCCGGUGUCCCCAUAUUAG